GACCUGAUGGAGAAAUAGUCGUGAUAAAGUAACAAGGAUCAUGAUGAGGAAAUACAUCUUAUUUGCUAUUGUUUUGCUGUCCUGCGUCUCCUGGAUUGACAACAAAGACAGUUUCAAUGGGCGGACGUCAAAACUCUCCAAGUACUCCAUUGUAAAUCCUCUGCUGGUUCACAGAUGGAAAAGGAACAUCAAUAGAUCGCCACAGUCGAAAGACAAACAUGGAGAGGAGACGGUGUCAUAUGCAAUCAACAUAAACAACAGGAAGCACCUCCUUCAUCUAAAGAAUAACAGAGACUUUUUGCACCCAAACUUUGUUCAAUACUCAAGUAACGCCACUGGUAACCAUGAGCCAUCAUAUCCCAAACAGGAUGUGCAUUGCUAUUACCACGGAGAGGUGGAGGGAUAUGAGAAUUCAGUGGUAGCGCUCAGCACGUGCUCUGGCCUCAGGGGUGUAAUCCUCCUUGGAAAUGAGAGCUAUGGACUUGAGCCUGUGCCACAGUCAGCCACCAACGACCACCUUCUCUACCUACUGAAGGACAGUGAAGGGCCUGUCACUUGUGGGGUCUUCGAUGAGGCUUUAUCAACGCAGAGCCAUGAACCCUUUGAGCCAGGCAAAUCACUGACUUCACUGCUGCGGAGGAAGCGCAAUUUACCUCAAACCAGUUAUGUGGAGUUGGUGCUGGUUGUUGAUCAUCUCAGGUAUAAUCAUAAGAACGGAAAUGAGACGGCUGUUCGAGAAGAAAUGGUGGAGCUGGCUAAUCUAGUGGAUGGGUAUUUCAAGCAGCUUAAUAUCCGUGUGGUGCUGGUUGGCCUGGAGAUCUUUAAGGAUAGUAACCCCUUUAAUGUAGAAGGCGCUGCAAAAAAUGUGUUGAUGGAUUUUGUCAAGUGGAGGAAGACUUCUCUGUUACCAAAGAUCAGGCAUGACAUAGCUCAACUCAUUGUUGGUCUGCCUCAGCCAUAUGAAGGAAGUAUAUUGGGUUUGGCCUUCGUGGGCACGGUGUGCCACAUAGCGAACGCUGGGGGAAUCAACGUGUUCAGUGCGGACAACCUGGUUUAUUUCUCCACCGUGGUGGCGCAUGAGAUGGGCCAUAACCUGGGCAUGAAUCACGACACUGAUGGCUGCUGCGAUGGCCAAGACUCAUGCAUCAUGGCAAGCAGUACUGGGGGUUCACCCUUGUUCAGCGGCUGCAGUGGAAGAUACUUUGAGAAGCUGAUCAUACGUGGAGGAGGCACGUGUCUAAAAAACCAGCCCUCCUCAUCCGAUGUGGUUGAUGUAGCUGAAUGUGGCAAUGACCGAUUGGACAAAGGAGAGCAGUGUGACUGUGGCAAACCAGAGGAAUGCAACAAUAAAUGCUGUGAUGCUGUCACCUGCAAGUUUACAUCUGGGGCCGUCUGUUCUCAGGGAGAGUGCUGCGAUAACUGUCAGAUCAGCGUUUCUGGAACACCAUGCAGAAAGUCUGUCAACACUUGUGAUCUUUCUGAAUACUGUAAUGGCACGACUGAGUUCUGUCCCAACGACUUCUAUGUCAUGGACGGCCUGCCCUGUGAAGACAAUCAAGCUACUGCGUACUGCUAUGAGGGCCAAUGCCAGACUUAUGAUUUCCAGUGCAAAACUCUCUUUGCACCAGAUCAAGCAAAAAAGGCAGCGGAUAUUUGUUUUCAGAAUGCAAAUGUGAGGGGAACCUUGGUUGGUAACUGUGGAUUUGACAGCAACGGAUAUGUUAAAUGUUCUGUAGAAAAUUCCAUGUGUGGGAAGUUGCAUUGUGUCAACGUGGACCUCAACACCCUUCCUCAGGGCGCUCUAAUCACUAUCGAAGACAUUCAAGGGGAAAGGUGUAUUAAUGCAGACUUCAACCUCGGCCCAGAUGUGCUAGAUCCUGGCUACGUGAACAAUGGCAGCCCUUGUGACAAAGGAAAGACCUGCCUGGACUUUAAGUGUGAGAACGCCUCUGCACUGCUGCCUAACUUGGACUGUGAUGCCCAGGCAAAAUGCAACAACAAUGGGAUUUGUAAUGACCAAGGGAACUGCCACUGUGACAAUGGGUGGUCCCCACCUAACUGUGACAAGUCAGGGCGUGGUGGCAGCAUCGACAGUGGUCCUGCUCAGAUAGACCACUCCCUCAGGAAUGGAUUGUUGAUCUUCUUCCUGUUGGUGGUUCCUGUUCUGGUUAUUGUCAUUCUGGCGCUGCUCUACAUCUUCAAGAGAGACUCCCUGAAACCCUGCCUCAAAAGACGACGCACCAAGUCAAGUAAUGCUACAACUGGAAACGCAGAUAGGCAGGCAAACAGCAAUGUUCAGAGAAGUGCCACAACCCAGCCACCAGCACAGGCUUCUUCUGAUGGGCCUGGAUAUCCACCAGCCACUGAAGUUCCAAUUUCUGAGUAUGGAGAUAUGGAUUAUUGGAAUGCAGAGGAAAGCGCUGCAUCUGUACAACCUCCAGCUCCCAGGCAGGGCCCUGGAGUACCCAAACCAAUCCCUCCCAGGCAGCCACCUCUCUGAUUCUCUUUUUAUAAAAACAUUGUUCAAGUGUAUUGUGAAUAUAUAUGGGGAGUUUACUACAGCUCAACACUGUAUGAAGAGACACAUUUUAAACACUGUGAUCACAAAAGAGUUACUUUAACUUGUUUCCGGUAUUAUUCUUUUUUUAAAGGUGUAUUGUAGUAAUGUGGGAGUGGAUGAGGCUUAUAGACAAGUAAAUAUUUAUUGUAUAAACAUUUAUUAGUUUAUCACUUGUUGGAAAUUCAUACAAAGUAUCUUAGAUAUUCCUAAAUAUUUUGUAUUUUAUGUUAGUGUUUUCAAAGAUUUUAAAAGAUUUUACUUCAUGAAUGUGAACUGAAUGAAUAAUUAAAUAAAUGUAUCGGACAAUGGAUUCGAACUUUU